AUGGACUUACGCCUAUCCGCUGGAUCUUUUAGUUUUCAGAAAAUUGUGUUUAAAGAGAGCCUGAGCAAUAUAAAUCUAAACAGUGAUCACGACCCCACCUACAGAGCGAGCUAUGCAUUUAGAAACUGUAGAGAUGAAAUAUGGGCAGCAUGUGAAAUAUAUUCUGAGUUGCAUUGUUGGGAACAUUUUAUCAACAACGAAACCUGUGCUAAACAUGUUGACAACAUUUCUUCCGAAAAUAAGAAAAAUGUACCGCCAAUUUUGCCUCCCAAAGGUAUGAAAACUAACUCAGAGAUUCGCAGAAGGUAUGCUGUGGAUGGACAACAAAGGGAAGUACCCUUUGAUAAAAAGGAUUAUUGUACUUUGUGCUUGUCACACAGGAAAGCUGAUGAAAAGAGAAAACUGGAAUUCGAGGAUGCUUAUAAUAAUCAUACUGCUGAAAAGAUAUCUGUUCGCAGGAAAAAGCAAGAAGCCAAAGAAACAUCAAAGUUAAAUCCUAGCGUUCUAGCUGUUGCUGUAUUUGACCUACAACAGAUCAUACAGCUUCCAAAAAGUAAAGAGAGUGCCUUAUUUUUUCGUCGCCGCAUCUCUUCAAUCAAUUUCACGGUUUACAAUAUCGGAAAUAAAGAAUGCUCUUAUUUCUUUUGGGAUGAAACUAUAAGUAAGCGAGGGGCUAGCGAAAUAUCAACAUGUGUAGCAAGAUAUCUAAAUGAGCUAGAUAAUCGGGGGAUCAAGGAAGUCAGGAUAAGUCUGCUAAUAUUAUCAUCCGUGAGAUGUCAAGACGUCUAUAAUGUGGAAGUGGGCGCAGGGGCUUUUUGGAAGCCCUUACCCGACACAAUUACCUACGAAGCAACGAUUCCUCUGACGUACGAAUCUUUAUGGGAGGAAGAAAUAUUAGAAGAACCAAUUCCAUUCAGUACUCCAUGUUAUGGUACCGAAAGACCAGAUCACUGUAACGUGAUGAGGGGUAUAAACGAGUUUUUCUCUACAUUCACAAACGAGUUCAGACUAUUACAGGAAGGUAGUAAAACCACUGCAUUUACAAGGGCAAACAAAGUUCGAGUAAGGGGCAGGCGAGCUCUGAAUUUCGUGGGAGAUGCUUUUAAUUGGUGUUGCGGUGUAGCCACGCAAGAAAAGCUUGAUUUGGUUUCACGCGAUGAAGGUCUUGUGUGGGAAAGAAUGAGCGUGAUUAACAAAGGCUUGGUUGAAGGCCUAAAGGCUAUUGUCCAAAACUCAUUUCCGGGACUAUCUGUAACCGAGGCGUUUAAGAAAACGGAAGCCAAAAUUAAAUCAAUCGAGAAAGUCGAAAAAUUUAAAAAAUUUAGUAAUGUUGGUGGCAAGUCAUUUAGAGUUUUACUAGCAAGAUAA